AUGUCUGCUGUCAAGUUUAACUACCCAACCUACAAGCUGUUCGAGAGGCCGAUAAUUAUUGACGCGGACGCCAUCGAGUCCCCCGAGACCGUCACGCUUCGAUACGAAGAGGAAGCCGCUGCAAGAGCGAACGGGGGAGACCUUCGUGGGGACUCCCCGCCGGGUCUCCUUGGUAUAGACGCCUGUCCAAAGACGGAACCGCCCCCAAUGCACUCAUUUGAUUCUUCAAGACCGUACCAAGACACUCAGUAUCAAUACUCGGGACAGGCCUUUGCGGCGCAGCAGACAGAGAAUGCAGCAGCGGCAGCAGCACAACUCAACCAUUUGGCUUUCGCCGCCAACAGCUCAGCAAGCCAAUACAUGUCACCGGUUGUGCCGACACUGACCUCAUAUCAGCCUACGAGCGGUGUUUUUGGCACCAAGGUCGUUCUCAAGAUUUCGGCGACGUACGACUUGAUAGCAGUUACAAGCCACUUCUUCCUCGCCUUCGGGUCGCACAAGAGCCCAGCGCAUGCGAUCCGCGAUGCCAACGACAGCAGUGGGCUUGGGUAUGUUGUCAGCGGAGACGCACCACAACUAGAAGACACGAGGGUACUCAGCGGCAACGUGCCUAUAUCACUCUUAAUCGAGAGCCCAGACGGCCAGACGUUGGCCAACAUCGACGUUGGCACGUUUACCUAUGACACACAGGCUGUGGGUGCAGAGGGGUCCCAUGAAAGUGGCACGAGGCGACCCUCCAUCAAGUCACAUGCCGACGAAGCCCAGCAACAGCACGAGCAGCAACAGCAGCAACAUGAACGUACAAAUUCUCCCAAAAUCGAACCUCAACCAGAACCUGAUCAUCUCAACGACGCCGCCAGCGCUGCUACAAAUACAUACCCGUAUGCUCCGGCGACACACUCCAGCUAUGACGCCACAGGAUAUCCAAACAACCCAAGCAACACCAGCAUGCUGUCCACAUACCACCGCCCUUCCUACGGGGCCGACUACCCUCGUCCGCCGUCAUUGCUCAAAACGCCUUCUUGGGUUACUCAGUACGGGCCGCCCCUAACGUCGCCUCGCAGUCCGCCCAGCAUUCACCAUGCCACCGUCCAACGUCCGAGCGUGACGGCAUUGCCCAUACCAACGGCGAGCGCGCCGCAACUCAUCAGGACGAGCACACUCCAAGCAACAACCUCUUCAUCAGGAGCGUCCAUUAACCCUUACGCUAUCUACACGACCAAGGCGGUGCUCAAAAUCAACGGCGACCUGGAGUCGAUGGCCAGCGGCUGGACGGCCGAAGAGUGCGAAAACGGUCGAAGGCUCGUGCUGUUCAGCAAGAAGCAGCAAGGUUCGACGCUUUCAACAACGUUUAAGCCCGUGUCCAUCAGCGAGCGGCCGCCCAACAGUAUCUGCAUUAGCUGUAUCUACUGGAACGAGAAGCGCGAGUGCUUCGUCACGAGCGUCGACACUAUCUCACUUCUCGAGCAGCUCGUCGUGGCGCCGAACAGGUUUAGCAUUGAGGAGAAGAACCGCAUCCGCCGUAACCUUGAGGGGUUCAAGCCGUUGACGGUCAGCAAGGCGAAACCAGAAAGCGAGGAGUUCUUCAAGACUAUCAUGGGCUUCCCGAAUCCUAAGCCUAGAAAUAUUGAGAAGGACGUCAAGGUGUUCCCCUGGAAGAUACUGGGGCCAGCACUGAAGAAGAUCAUUUCGAAAUAUUCCGCGUCUCCCUCAUCUUCCUCCGGCCUUCAUCACCCGGCACCUUCGUUCCACCCAUCAUCAGGGCCAUCCGCUCUCCUCACCCCCGUAAGCAGCACAUCCCCAGGACUCUAUGGGCCCCAAACCCCGACGAUCGCAGACACAAGCUACUCGCAUCACCACGACUCCCAAACAAUGGCCUCCCCACGCUCGCUCUCGGGUGUGCCACCACCGCCUAGCUGGGCCCCUUACACGGGACGCACGCUGUCUCCGAGCCUCAAGUCGCACUCGCCGCAAGGCAUCCGCAUCCCCAGCCUACCAUCUUACGCAAACCAUCACCACUCGUCGGCGCACCACGGCUACGGCAUCGCGUCGUCCCGCUGGGAUACCAACGGUUACGGCGAAGCGCCGUCGACGCCUGCCUAUGCAAGCCACCACCACUCUAGUCAUGUGUACGGCACCAGCGCUGCAUACGGCGCCAGCGCGCACCACCGCGACUAA